ACACCUCUCACACCAUCUCCACUCCAGCAUCUCGUCGACCCCCUUUUCUCCAUUCUCGAGAAAAAAGAAAAAAGAAAACCCAAACCCACUCUUUUACUUUCGACUCUCUUUCUCCUUCUCAUUCGCCCUUCUUUCUUCGGACAACAAGUACAAAACUCCUCUAAUCCCAUCUUCCAAUUUUGGCCCUUUCUGCCCCUCUCCCAAUUUACGUUACAAAAACACACUGUUUUCUUCUUCGAUUCCCAAAAUCCAGUCGGUGGUCUAAAACCCCAUCACCCCCAUUUUUUUCUCAUAUAAAACACACACACACACACACACACACACACACGCAUAUAAUGCUUGUUGAUGUCUUUGAAAAAUUUCACUCCAAACAAAUUUAUUUGUACCUGUUCUUCAAAAAAUGGAUGUGAAUAGCAGGGCUUUGCCGUUUCACAUCGAUCUUAACGAAGCUCCUCUUCCUUCACCUAGGGAAACCGAAAGAGGCCCCUUCUUGGAAUAUCCUGAACCGGCCCGGGUCAAGAAGGAAUCGGUUGAACCGGGUCAAAGAAAUGUUGUUCGGGUUUGUUCUUCAUGUGAGUUGGGUUCUAGUCGUAGAAGUAGUAGGGACGACCACCAAGAGGAGGAGUGGAAAUGCUUUAAGUGUUUGCUAGGUAACAGCAGCGGCGGCGGUGGAGAAAGAGUGAGAGAUGGCGGCGGCAGUAGAGGAGGAGGUGGCAGCGGAGUGGGGCUGUUGGAUAUUAAUGCUUCGCCUCCGCGGGAACCGGAGGGGGAACGGGAACGUGUGUUUGUGGACUUAAAUGAAGAUUUGGUUGUUGCAGGACGAGAAGUGGAGGAGCAAAACCAUGGGGCCAAAGUUCAAGCUAUGAAAAGUUCCUUUUCUACUGGCCAUUCCUUCAAUGCCCCAACAAGCUCUUUUUUGGUAUAUAGGGAGAAUAUAUUUAAUUUUCAGAAGACUUCUCUUACGGGGGAUAUUCAUAUGUCACAAAUAGAGGACGCAGUACUCCAUAGACCUCAUUCUGACCACAUAAACAUAAGCAUGACUGAUCCAAUAUUGAUGUAUGAUUCAAGGUAUCGGGCAUGUCAUUUUACUGCAAAGAACUGUGUUCCACAAAGUGCGAGUCAAGUUUAUCUUCAAGGCCUUAGAGAAUAUAUUGCUGGGAUGGGAGGUUCUUUAGGUGAUGGUUGGCAUGUGGAGUUUAAGUAUUGCGACAAAAGAUGCAAGACAUAUGCAGUAUAUGUUGGACCAGACGGAAGUCCCUUUGAGUUGCUUGAUGAUGUUGCUCGACAUUUGGGGUUGGAUCACUCCAUGGAGGUUGAGAAUGGAGGUAAUGGAUUUACUUUUGUUCAUGAGGGAUUAUCAAAUAUCCCAAGGAGUAAAGAAGCUUCAGGUUCUGCUAAAGCUCGCAAGAGUGGACAGAGUCGAAGUUCUCCUGGGAGCAGCUUCUUCCGUAAUGGUAGCUCUAUCUUCAAGUGUAUAUAUCCAAGUGAUGUCUUUCCAGUUCAGUUUCAGGACUUCUUUCUUAUUUCAGCUGGAAAUAUUGACCCCCGACCAUCAUAUCACAGCACUAGCGAGAUAUGGCCUGUGGGUUACAUAUCUAGCUGGCACGAUAGAAUUACAGGAUCUUUUUUUGUUUGUGAGGUUGCAGAUGGAGGUGAUCCUGGCCCAGUUUUCAAGGUCAGGAGGUACCCAUGCACCCUGCAGUCUAUCCCAAUUGGUUCGACGGUCCUUUUAACAUCUAAAGGGGAUUCACAUAUUGGUGAAGAUAAUGUGGAAAAUUGUAAUUCAGCAACUUCUAGGCUUGUUGAUGAGGAGAGUAUUUCUAUCCAGGUGAUGCUGGAAGAAUGCAGCCCACCAGAUCUGAAUAAUGACACUCAUGCUGCUGAGAAUCUGCAGAGGGUGAAUUCAUUACCUGGAAACUUCGGAAAUAUAUGUCCUGGUAUUAUUGGUCAAGGGGAUAGUGUAGGGGAAUUUCUUGUGGAAGGGAGAUCAUCAUCAUCUGUGUGGGAAAUGGUUUCCCAGACUCUUCUGCAUGCAUACAUUGAUGCUUAUAAGCAAAAAGGUGUAAUUCAAUUCUGCUGUAGUCAUGAUGUAUAUAAAAUGGAUGAAAAAGAGCCGAGUGAAAUUGGUUCAUUAUCCAAGUUCUCUUACUUAGGUGGUCCCUUCAAUUUCCCAAGACUAGCGCAGAGCAACUUUGAGUUUAAAAUUGCUUGUGAGAUGUUGAUGAAGUGGUUAGAGCAAGACAGAUUUGGACUAGAGGCAGACUUUGUGCAAGAAAUUAUUGAACAGCUUCCUGGUGUGUGUUCUUGCUCAAAUUAUAGAAUUGUUACUAAAAGAAAGCACAACACAACUCUGCAGACAGUCGGAAGUGGGUUCCUGCAGGCUAAAAGAAAGAAUCACAUGCAGGAUGAGACGGAAGCUGUUGAAUCUUUCAGAAUUUCUGGAACACGCAAAAAGCAUCUGGAAGACUCUGACAUCAGAGGUCCCUGUCCUUCAGGAAAGCCAUUUAGCGCAAAGAUUCCAAAUUUUUUGAUAGGUGACGCGCUCCAGGUUUGGGAAUUCUUGUUGAGGUUUUCAGAGGUCUUGGGGCUGGAAGCUCCAUUUCUUGAAGAAAUUGAGGAGGAAUUAGUUAGUCCAUGGAUAGACAAAACAAGUUCAAUGGAAAUGCCUGGAUUUGAGAUCCAAGAUGUCAGAGAGAUCACCUUAUUAAGAGGUGAAAUGGACUCUCUGUCUGGUAGAUUGGGUUUUCAUCAAUAUAGCCGAUUUACUGGUCUUCUUUUGGCAAAACUUCAUGGUCUACUGCUCAAAGCUCUUGUCACCGAGCUGCUCUCAAAAGUUGCUGUCUAUGUAGAUCCGAAUUUCGGUGCAGGAGGAUUCAAAUCUAAAAGAGGCAGGAAAAAAGAUGCUGACAAUUUAGCUAGUCUUAAGAAAACUAGACUUGAUAUGCUUCCCAUUAAUGAAAUUACAUGGCCUGAAAUUGCUCGGAGGUACAUGUUAGCGUUGUUAUCCAUGGAAGUUAACCUUGAGUCUGCAGAAAUUGCUUGCCGAGAGAGUGGGAAGGUUUUCCAUUGCUUACAAGGUGAUGGUGGGAUACUUUGCGGCUCUCUUACGGGAGUUGCUGCAUUAGAGGCGGAUGCAAUGCUUCUUGCAGAGGCUACAAAGAAAAUAUUUGGAUCACUUAAGAGUGGUAGCAUUUUUGUUGCCAUUGAUGAGAAAGAGUCUGAUGCCAAAGGAGUUGGUGCUGAUGAUGGAGUCCCAGAGUGGGCAAAGGCGCUGGAGCCAGUAAGGAAGCUACCUACAAAUGUCGGGGCUCGAAUUAGAAAAUGUAUCAAUGAGGCUUUGGAAAAAGAUCCACCUGAAUGGGCAAGAAAAAUAUUGGUGCACUCUAUCAGUAAGGAAGUUUACAAGGGAAAUGCAUCAGGGCCAACCAAGAGAGCAGUAAUUUCUGUCCUGGCUGAUGUUAACCGCGAAAAUACUUCGCCCAAACCUGAGAAGGAAGAAAAGGUAAAGAGUGCUAGCUCUGUGUCUGAUAUCAUUAUGAAACAAUGCCGGAUUAUACUACGGCGAGCUGUUAAAGAAGAUAAAGAUAAAGUCUUCUGCAAUCUUUUGGGGAGAACAGUUCUGAACCCUAAUGAUAAUGACGAUGAGGGGCUUCUUGGGCAUCCGGCAAUGGUAUCUCGGCCUUUAGACUUCAGGACCAUUGAUCUAAAGUUGGCUGCUGGAUCCUAUGGGGGAUCACAUGAAUCUUUCAUCGAUGAUGUGCGGGAGGUUUGGCAUAAUAUACGGACUGCAUACUGCAAUAAGUCCAAUUUGCUUGAGUUAGCCGGAUCCUUAUUGCAGAAAUUCGAGGAAGAUUAUGAAAAUGAGGUUCUUCCCUUAAUCCAGAAAAUUGAGUGUUCAAAUGACGGUAGUUUAAGCAGUGAAGAUGCAAAAGUGAGAGAUGAACUCCUCGCUCAUGUGAAUGAGAGCUUACUUCCUAAAGCUCCUUGGGAGGAAGGACUCUGCAAAGUAUGUGGCAUGGAUAAAGAUGAUGUCAAUGUUCUUCUUUGUGAUGGUUGUGAUUCGGAGUACCAUACAUAUUGCUUAGAUCCUCCGCUUAUUAAAGUUCCUGAUGGGGAGUGGUAUUGCCCAUCUUGUGAAACGAAGGAAUCACAGUCCCGGAAUGCUUCAGGUUUUCAGAUUCUUCGUCAAUGCGUUAAAAGGAGGUUGCACAGGAAACUAACUCACAAGUUUAUGGAGGAACUUUCUCAAUUAUCGAGAACCAUGGAGUUGAAGGAAUAUUGGGAGCUUUCACUGGAGGAUAGAAUUUUCCUUCUUAAAUUCUUGUGUGAUGAGGUGCUGAAUUCAGCCAUUCUUCGUGAUCACAUUGACCAAAGCGCCUCUCUGUCGGCUGAGUUGCAGCAGAAACUGCGUAGCCUCGGUGCUGAACUGAACCUUCUAAAAUGCAGGCAGGAAAUUUUGACUGCAAGCCUUGCAAAACUGAGUAGUAAUGCUCGGAACAGUGGAGACACAGGAUCAGACGCAUUAGCGUCUCUACGGUCCAAUGACUGUAAACUGAAGGUGCAGGAGCCUGACAGUGGCAGCCAUAACUCGUCCAUCUCUGGUGGUUGCAAACAGCUGGAUAGUGGCACUCAACAAAAUGAGUGUAAUGAUUACAGCAAACAACCCUGCUUGUACGGUUCAAAAAGUAUUCAGGACAAAACUUGUGCAAGUGGCAGCAAUCAAAUUAGAAACUCUCCUGAUUCGAUCAACCAUUUACAUCAACAGCAGUCUGUGAAGGAGAAUACUGGGUCUAAGAAUACUUCAUCCCAUGCAAAAUGUGGUGCCACUGAAGCUAGUUUGCAAAAUGACUUGUUCAUAUCUAACCCCCAACAAGAAAAUGACCAAAUUCCUGGCAAUUGUUUGGAGUCGGCUCAAAAUAGUUCAAACGGCCUGGUGCCGUCUGCUGCUCACUUUGUGUCUGGCAAUACUUUGUCAGGCUCCAUCAGCAACCAUAUGGUUGAGCACACACCUACCACAAAAUAUAGCCGUCAGUGUUCCAUACAAGCUGACCCAAAUUUGGCCCAAGCGUAUCUUCUUGAGAUAUCCGCUCUGAAGAAUGAGAUUCGUGCUUUGGAGGACUCAAUUGCUGCCAAAGAAUUAGAACUUCAGGAGGUUUCUGUUAGGAAGAAAUACAUGGGACAGGAUUCUGAGGGCAGACUCUACUGGACUUUUGGCAGGUCUAGUUCUUCACGGUUAGUAGCUAAUGCAAGUACAAGUACCCAGCCAGAGUCCUCUCGACAUUUGUGGUCUUAUGGUGUAGAAAGUUCAAGACAAAGUGGUAUUUUAGAUUCAUCUGCUCCUUGGGAGAAUAUGGGCGUGCCUAAUCUUGGUCAGUGGACAUCUUAUCAAUCUGAUGCUGAGAUUGAAAAACUUCUUCGAUGGCUAAGAGAUAAUGAUGUGAGAGAAAGAGAAUUGAAAGAGUAUAUUUUGCAGUGGCGGAGCAAUAGAACCAAGGAAUCCAGCUAUUCGGAAAGUCAUAUGCAUAACAAGGUAAGAGAGAGCACUUCUGUGCCCUCUGAAGAUUCUGGUUCCUGUUUCAAUUCUGAUUCUCUCGUCAGCAGAGCCGUUGCUGCAAUUAAAUUGAAAAUUAGUGGUUGUUUAGCAGAGGAGGAAAUGGAUAUCUGUAAGGAUAUGGGUGUCAAAGUGAGAGUCUCCUGUGAUGGUGGAUUGUACAGGUGCGAGUGUCUAGAACCAUUAUGGCCGUCUAGACCUCAUUGUCUCUCAUGCCACCAAACGUUUUCCACUGCUGAAGAACGCCUGAAGCAUGCAAAUGACAAGUGCAGGAUUGGUUCAACCAUUCAGGGUAGGGGGGAAACAAAUGAACGACCCACCAAGCGGAAAAGAAUAGCAAAAAAUGAAACGCUGCAGGAUGAUUCUUUGAGCAAUAUUGAUGUUUCUCAAGCUUUCAAGAGCAAGAAGCUUGGUAAUGAUGAAGCAUCUAGGAGGGACAAGCAUGUUAAUGCACCGGCUCCUGCUGAGAAUCAAACCAAACAAGAUUGUCCAUUUAAGUUUGAGGAGAUCAAAGGACAGUUCAUCACUCAGAGGUCACUGAAGGAGCUGGUAAAGGACAUAGGACUCAUUGGAUGUAAUGGUACACCAUCAUUUGUUCCAUGUGCAUCCCUAUAUCUCAGUGAUCCUGCCCUUGGAUUGAUCUCCCAAAGGGAAGAUCAGGUAUGUGCAGGAUAUUCUGCAGAUUUGCUGUCUUCAGAGCAGGAAUCACAAAAUGGAGCCAAUAUUUCUCGCACUAAUAACUUAAAUAUCUCAGACAAUCCAAAUUGUACUAGAAAUGGCUUAGCUGAGGUGGGACCAAUGUCCGAGAGACUAAAUUCUGCAACCAAGAGGGGGGGAGAUCAGUUUUCUUUUACAAAGGAUAAAAUAUUUGAUUUUGGGGCUAAUAAGUACUUUGUUAUUCCGGAAUUCUCUCUACAUCCUUUAGUAGGUCGGGCUUCUGAAAUUUUACAGUGUCUUAAAAUCAACUUGCUUGACAUGGAUGCGGCUUUACCUGUAGAAGCUUUGAGAGUGUCAAGGUCACAAUCAGAGAGAAGACGUGCAUGGCGUGCUUUUGUGAAAUCUGCAGCUACAAUUUAUGAGAUGGUCCAAGCCACAAUAAUUCUAGAGGACGCCAUCAAAACUGAGUAUUUGAGAAAUGAAUGGUGGUAUUGGUCAUCACCUUCAGCUGCAGCAAGAAUCUCCACACUCUCAGGCCUCGCUCUCCGCAUGCAUGUCUUGGACUCUGCUGUUUUGUACGAGAAACUUUCAUGUCAAGAUGCUUCAGAGACAGAUUGCAAAGAAGAAAGAGAACCUCCUCAUAAUUCUGUCCCCACAAACACAGGCAGCCCUUCAAGGCAAAAGCUGCUCGACUCAGAGCCUGCUGAGACUUCGAGACCCAAGGGCACCAGGACAAGCAAGAGGAGAAAAGAUUCAGGUGGGUAAAACUGGAAACAGGCUUCAGGUUUGCAGGAAAUGAAGCAGAACAUUGUGAUCUGCAGUUUUACCAAGGAAUUCACUGUACCCUUAUCUAUACCAGCCAGGCCAAUGCCUGUACAGCAGUUGAAACGAUUUAAGCAGAAAGGACUUGCAUAAGGGGUGUAGCAAUUCUAUCCAAAAAUGCGGGAGCAGCUGUACACUAACUCUAUCUAUUGUUUGGCAACUCGAAAGAUGCUGUUUUGCUCUUGAUUUGGGAGACCAAAUUCUUGCUUUGAAGGAGGAACAGAGACUUCUUUUGACACACAGCCUCUCUCCUCGUAUACAUGUACAAGGCCUUUAUGCUGAUAAAAUUGUGCAUUUGGGCAUUAUCAUACUCUUGAGAUACAGAUUGGGGGGAGGGGGUGUUAAACAGUUCCACCUGAUGUACAUAGAAAAGCAAGUUUGAGCAGUUGUUAGUCCAUUUUGUAAAUAAGCUUUUUAUAUAGACAAGUGAUGUUGUUCAUCAGAUACCUUCCUGAUAAAUGAAAAGGCAACAAGUCUUCUGAUAUCA